UAGUUCAAAUGGAGACAUCCCUGCGAUUGCCACCUUCAGGUCAUACAUACUGUCAGCUGCAGAGUCCUGAACUCUUCAAAACCUCUGGCCAGGCUUCCCAGAAAAGACCACCAGCUGUCAAUGGGGACAGGGCAUUAACAGCCACUAUCCACAGUCCUUCAGAAUUCCUAGCCUUGCCUCCAGCUCCAAACCAGGAAGAAACUAAGAACAAAACCAUGAAAGAGAUCAAAGAUGAAUUUUUAAAGAGUCUGGAUGCCUAUGAGGGCACAAAAGAAAACCAAGACACACCAAUCGUGACUUUAGCACACCCUGACUUUCAGCAGCAUCUGUACUGCACUGAUACUGAGAGCCUAAGGCAGAAGUCUGCUUCUGACGAUAUGCAUGUGGGAGACAUCAGCAUGUGUCCAAAAGAGCUUGGGGGCCUCCAGAAUGAGACAGGUUCCAGCUUUGACUUUAAAGACAUCACUACACUUGAGGCAGACAUUCAACUUCCCCAACUCCUCAACACCCUCACAGACAUAGACCAGGAUCAGUCCUGUGAAAACUGGAACAUCAUCAGUGAGGCCCCUGGCCAGGUGAGGAAGAAUAAACAUAAGUCAUCUGAGCUGCUUGAGGAAGCUCCUCAGGCCAAAAUCCAGCACCAAGACCUGGUGUUGGGAGAGGGGAAUGUGUAUGUGCCUGGGUCCAGUGACAGUAUUGAAAACACGGCAAAGAAUCAGAAGGGCAAAGCUCCCAAGGUUACCCCCAGCAAGAACAGAAGAGUUAGAAAACAGGGGCAGGAAAGACCAAGUCGACCAGAGAAAAACUCUAAGAAAACAGAGGAGCUUAAGCAGUCAAGGAACAGAGUCAAAGGAGAAGAGAAGCCCACCAUAUCCAAGACCAAGAGGAAGAGGAAUCCACCUGAGUUCAGUCAAAACAGCUUCAAGAAGCCGCGAACCAACCUUGGCAUGCACAUGCUGGAGUCUGUGCAGGUCUUUCACCCACUGGGAAAGAGGAAUGAAAAGAAAACUGGCAUUUCCUCCUUUGGGGGUCUGUGGACCUUCACCAGCAACAAAGAUGCAGGCCUAGCCUCUGUUACUACAGCAAUGGUAAACAUGCCAUGUGAGGACCAGGGUCCUCCAAAAAGUCCUGGGAAGAUUCAGACAGUAAACAGCACUGCCAACAAAUACUGUCUAUCUCCAUUCAAGUAUGAGCUGCCCCCAGCUGGGAAGGUCAGGUUAGUACCUCUGCCUUUUCCAACCCAGGAGAAGCCUCAAGCCAGAGCUGUUUCUAAAAAGGCUCUUUCCCUGGCUUUACCAAGACCCACUGCAGCUUACCCUCUGCAGCCUCACUGCCAGUCAGCUCAACUUACCACACUCAGGCCAACCAAACCAGCUCCUGUCAGCAGAUCUUUGAUGGCCUCUGCCAAGCCAGCUCCUCCAGUUUCCUCCAGAGCCACACAACCUAAUGUAACCAACACCAUCCAGUCUAGUGCUGCACCCCAGUUGACCACCUGGAGGCCUGCACCCUACAGAGCAUCAUCUCACACUUCAUUC